UAAAACAAUAAAUUAUAACGAGCAAAUAAAAUGGAUUGUCACAAAGACUUGAUUUUCUCAAAAUGAUUCACGUAAAAUACGUAUUAGUGCAUUGCUCGUGGAUUUUGAAAGAAUGUUGAAAUACCUUUCAGGGAAGUUUGUCUAUAUGAGAAAGAAUGGAUGUGAAGUGGUGAAGUUGCUUACUGGUGUUGUUUGACAAAGUGUUAUAUAAACCGGUGUGUGACUCGUGCUAGAAAGUUGUCCUGGAGUCACGUGCGAGAAGUAAAAUGCGGAGGCAGCGGCUGAAAUCUCUGGGUUUGGGUCUAGCUCUGUUUGUUGCGGUCUAUACAAUUCUCAAGACAGCCUCCAGCGACACCCUAGUUUUAGCAGCAAACAUAUCGUCGGAUAGAAGACUUAUUUUAGUGAAGAACAGCCAAGAAGUGUCGGCAAAUGCAGCCGUGUCCCUUCCGGCAACAACAAAAAUAACAACUAAAGUGCCGGAAGUACCUGUGAAAUAUGACAUUGUCAUUAACUCGUACAUGCGCAGUGGCUCAAGUUUUAUGGGACAGUUACUGGCAUUCCGACCGGAUUCUUUCUACUGGUACGAGCCUUUGUGGAAUUACGACAGCGGGGUGUAUUACUGGGGAAAAGAUUAUGUAUGCACCGGUCAUUCUAAUUGUGGAUAUGCAAGGAACAGACACUUGAACAUGGACACGAUGCAUAAAGCCUUGUACAAUAUAUAUACAUGUGACUUUUCUACUCUGGUUCCUGCGGUGGCAGAGCAGAUGACGCCAAGCUACUCAGGUUCUGUAUGGAAGCCGUACCAGGCUUGUCGAGCGCAAGGGCAAACCGUAUCUACCUGCCUGAAAAAGAUGGAAGCAAUAUGUAAGACUGCCAAGCACAGGACUACCAAGAUCGUUCGAUUAACUGUGGAUAACUUGGAAUAUGUUCUCGAAAAUUUACCAAACGUGAAAGUUGUUCAUUUAAUGAGAGACCCACGUGCAAUAAUUAACUCCCGAAUUACAACUAAUUGGUACAAUCUACAAGAAUCGCCACACGACAAUCACCAGCGUAUCAGAUCAGACGCCAAAGAUUUGUGUUUACGAAUGAAGUACGAUUUAAAAGUUGGGACGGUGCUCAAACAAAAAUUUCCGGGACGAUUUGCUUUUGUAAUGUUCGAGGACCUACAAACUGACAUGAAAUCAAAAACGGGUAUAUUAUAUUCGUAUUUUGGUAUUGACAAAUCAACUGUUGAGUCCAAGCUUGCUAAUAUGACUGGAAUUUUGCAAAAUGAGCAUCUUGUGAAUCGAACAUGGGGAGAUUAUACAAACUGGUGGCGCCAUCAGUUAAGUUUUGGUGCUAUAAAGGCAAUUGAUAGUGUAUGUAAAAAUGUAUCAGAUACUUUAGGGUACACAAUAUUUUCUAGUGAAUCUCAACUUAAGGACGUGUCACUCAAAGCUUUUUCCUUCCGCGAGGAACUUCUUCUAGAAAAUCUACAUAAAAGUACAUUAUAUAACUUUAAUUUUGUUUAGCGGACCAUAAACCAUAGUAUUGUCUAUGUCCGUCCAGCGACAUUACCGGAAAAUAAUGGAUUUCUGGUUCAUAUAUUAUUUAUUACCUGACAAUCACAAACGACAGUACUAAACCAGACCAAGACGGCGAGAACUGUGUUCAUACUUCUACAAAACAUUGCUAUAACGUACAAAUUCAGAACGUUGCGUUUCAUUGAAUUAAUUAUACAUGUAUAUUUUGAUAGUUGUAUUUUAUUUUGUUGUGUCUGUUGACAAUAAAUUUACUUUUUCCUGAA